AUGACAGUAGCUUCCUCUCGUCCAGUAGAUAUUAGUGUGCAUGAUACGGCUUCCAAACGCAUCGUUAACUUUCGAUGUGAUCUCGAUCUAUUGCUCUGCAACAUGAAGUAUUUUGACACGAUUAUUAGAAAACAAUUGGAGCUUGAAGCCACGAAUCAAUGUCAUAAAAACGAAACUAAAGACAAUCUUACCGGAUUCAUUGUACCUGCCAACUCCAGCUGCGUUUCAUCUUCGAUAGAGCCAGUUUCUAUAAAGGUGAACUGUGACAUUAAUGUCUUCAGCUGGUUGUUUGAUUGGAUGGUAGCGUCAAAAAAGCCGGAGUUGAAGCCUUCUAUUGUUGUGUCUAUAUUGCUCUCCUCAAAUUUUUUACUCAUGAACGACUUAGUAGAUGUUGCUUUGCACUAUUUGUGCAACCAUUUUGUCGAGGUUAUCCUUUCCGAUGUAGACAUGAACUGUUUAACGGGGGAACUAGUUGGGCGCCUGUGCAGCACCAUUACCGACGCGGAUCUGGCUCGGUGGUACUUGCGCCUUCAUCAAUUUGUGAACGGUAAUCAUCCUAAUCGCUCUUUCAUGACGUCUAUGCUGUGGCAUUGGGUGAUUGACCGUGUUGACUACACAGUUUUCCCAACGAUGAGUCCCCCCGAGGACGACUGUAGUGCACCAUCUUUGAAAAAGACAACCCCUCGACGACCCAAGUCACGCGAUACCCUAAGCAAUAAGGGGGCUUCACGGCGCUCCACACGAUUGAGUAUGCUGUCAAAAAAAGGAUCUUGCUCUCAGGAGCAAUCCCGUGUGGGAGGAGUCGUCGAAAGUGAGAUUGACACGUCAUACAAUGAGUUCAAGGGGAAAAAAAAUGGUGGGCUGCGAUGGUGCUGCCUUUGUGGUAUUCUCUAUGACAACCAGGAGUACAGACGUAUUGUUCGUAGUACAGCUCUUACAACCACCAAGGGGGCUUCCCCGAACGAUGGGCGGACCCCUUCAAGCUCGCUUUCGUCGUCCUUGAAGGAGCCCCUGUGUACAGGGCUGGUCACUCCAAGGGGGUGGCCCUGUAUGAGUCCUCGAGGCACGAUCCUCACGACCCACACACCCUCCCGUCUUUUGGUAUCUUUGGAGCCACCUUCGCCUCAAUUGGCGAGUCGCGCGGUCGAGCUUUGGGCUUGGCAAGUGAUGGGCGUGAUGCGGUUUGUCUCUUGUUCUUCUUGUAAGCGCAUUCUGCCGUUGAUUGAAGUGGUCUCGCACAAUUGCACGAGCGCUGGAAAGGGGGUUGAGUUUGGACCGGCUGAGUCGAUUGCCCCCGGUACGCCCGCGGCUCUGGAUGUGCACAGCCUUAUCGACUGGUAUGGGUACAUUGCGCGGGCAGGAGUGUACCGUGAGGAAGGGAAUCUGGUGCCCAUCCGUUGCCCACUCAAUAUGUCUGGUCUUCUCAAGGCUGAAAGAAUUUUCUUAUCAAAUUCAACGGCAAAGCAGCAGCGCACAUUUUUUCUUAAAUCAGCACGUCCCAGCAGUAGCAGUGCUGUGCGUACCUAUUCAUGGGACACACACCCGGCAGCAGUGGAUGAAGUGGUAAUGAGUGAGGUUGACACUCCAGACCAAGAGGAAAAUACACGCAUUAUUGACGUUGAUGUUCAAAACCACUAUGAACGGCAGUUUAUGAACGCACUUACAACGCGUUUAUUAGAGAUGAAAGCUAGAUCUUUAUCGUUAGCCGCAAAACCCCAAAUGAUGCGAGAUGGAAGCAAUCCUAACACUACAUUUUCGACCUCACCCUCGAAUUUAGUGGAUGGUAAUUUAGUCUUGAGUGAACCUGCUUCUUCAAAAUUGUUGCAGACAAAUAGCAAAAGUCGUCAUUCGAGCAAUUCUCAAUCUAGAAAGACUUCGGCAAAGUCCGGUCUACUAAAUGUUUAUUAUAACACUCCAACUCUCCGAAACACUCGUUUUCGUAGUAAUUGUUGGAAAAAAACAAAAAUGAUGGGGGAAACCGCACGCUUGCCUCAGGUCACGCCUCGAUUUGAAAAGUGA